GCAGAGAGCAGUUCAAAGUUUCGCACUAAACGUAUCACACGAUAACUGCUAAUAUACUUCAAUAUGGCCAACAAACUUAUUUCCAGUUUAUUGCUAUUGAUAGCGGCGUACGCUACAACUACAUCUGCUGCUGCAGUUGAGAGUGGUGUGCCCACCACUAUAGCGGCGCAUCCUUACAUCGCCUCACUGCAAGGCUCCGAUGGAUCACGCGUCUGCGCUGGUGCUCUAAUCGAUUCGAAGACCGUUGUUACCGCUGCAACGUGUUUGGCUUUCUAUGAUGUUGCACAACUGGUCGUGGGCGUAAACAACGGUGCUAGGACGGUGAAAAUUGCCAAAAGUAGCUUCGAUCCCUCCUUCGAUUUUGUUACCAUGGAAAACGAUGUGGCCGUUUUGAUACUGGCAGAGGAUGUAGAGGCUGAUUACAUUCCAUUGGCUAACGAGCAACCAGCAAGUGGUAGCAGUGGUGUAGUCACCAGUUGGGCUGCAAACAAUUCUCUGGUAGACAUUUCGGAGACUAUCAUAAGCGCCGACGAUUGCGUUUCUGGAAAGUAUAAGUACGAAGAUGGCGAAGUUUUCAGCUCAAUGUUGUGUGGUCUCGCUAAAAACGAAGCUUGCAACGCUGUAGCUGGAAGUCCUUUGGUAGCCAACAAUCAAUUAGUGGGCUUGGUUUCCUGGGGUCAGGGUUGCGCCAACAAGGACAAUCCCGCUGUUUUCACCAAUAUCGCAGUACUGAAGUCAUGGAUUGAAAAGACUGCCAACAAUUUAAAAAAUUAGUAAAAUUGUUUUCAAACUUAAUAAGUGGAAAAUAAAAUAUUAAAUACAGCAUUAAAUAACA